GACAUAAUUCGGCCCAUUUGGUCUGGCUCGGCUCAUCCGCUCUUCCCAGCGAGUCAGUAGUCGACGUCCUCUGGAUCUCCAGUUUGUGAUCGCAUUUGGUUGCGGAAGAUGCCGGUUAGAGUGGAGAGCUCGACGCCUUCUCAAGAUUUGGGACAAGAUUCAAGUGCUGGACAUCCUCCGCCUCCUUCUUGUAGUCUUCUGAGUGCUGGGAGGGCUUUUUCUGGUACCCAAAACGUUUCAAGCUUGCAAAAAGAUGAAGCAUGGAAGGUUAAUGUGAGAAUCCAAGGAAUUGAUAACGAUCAUGGUUAUUUAUGUGGCACAAUGGAAGCACUAAACGUCCCCUUAGCAGAUACCCCUGUAGUUACUUUCUGGGAGGGAGAACUUGUUGAUGGAAGGAAUUACACCUUUUUCACCGGAAAGUGGGAAGCAACGCCAGAGGAUGAUAUUAGACAUUGGUUGAAAUUUCAAUCUUUUACUCCCCUAUUGAGUCAGGUUGAGGCUGAUGGAGGCAAAAAUUUGGACCUGAGUAAUUAUCCAUACAUAUUUAUGAGAUGGAAAGAGCAGUACUUUGUAAAUGUUGGAAUAGACUGCGGCCUGACCAUCGCCGGCUUCUACUAUGUUUGCUUUUCGUGUAGUGACGGUUCUAUUAAUGGUUUCUAUUAUGACCCAAAUAGCAGCCCUUAUCAGAAGCUCGAGCUGAAAUGCAUCCCGGGAGGUACUGCAGGUUUUACCUUCUCUUCGUAUCAAUUGAGUUAGGUGCCAUAUUUUAGGAAAUGUGCCAAUGUAAGUGCUCUCAUCUUACAAAACUUCUUUGCCUGAGGUUUUCUUUUUCUUGUGAAAGAUGUAAUAGGCCGUAUCAAUCUCUUAGAGUUUGCUUUUGAAUAGAGAGAUCUUUGUUCUUUUUUUUUAGAAAAAAGGUGUCGAUUUGUGAAUUAACAGUUGCCGAUUGAUGAACUCCACUGCUGAAGCUACAGUUUAUUGUGUUUUUUCUUGAUCAGUUGUGUUACUCUUCCUUUGCAUUUGACAACUUACUUUAACCUUUUGACAA